UCAAAGUCUGAGAAAAAAGGAAAUGUUCUCUCCGACGGGUUGUACUGCUUUCAUCCUCUGUGCCCUUUUCCUGAUUAUGAACUCAUGUCGUGGUUCUGUCAUCAUCAAUGGGCAUGAAGUUGAGCCACACUCAUUGCCCUUCAUGGCUUUUCUGAUGUCAAGUAAAUUCUGCGGAGGAACAUUAAUUGAUCGAAAAUGGGUGCUGACUGCUGCACACUGCGGAAACUUUAAGACUGUGUUACUGGGCGUGCACUCCAUCAAAAAUGAGAAAACAGAAAAGAAGUACCGGCAGGUCCGUAAGGUGAAGAGAAGUGUGCCUCAUGAUAAAUAUGAUAAUAAUACAAAAGUCCAUGAUCUCAUGUUGCUCAAGCUGGACAAACCAGUGAAGGAAACCAAAUGGGUCAAAGUUCACCAGCUGAACAGUGUUGUCAAAGACCCAGCAGCUGGCUCUGCCUGUCUGGUGGCUGGAUGGGGAGCAACCAGCAAAAAUAGCAACGUCCUAUCAGAUGUUUUGAUGUCUGCUAAUGUCACUGUGAUUGACAGAGAAAAGUGCAACUCUCCAGACCACUUUAACCAUAUACCAUAUAUUACCAAGGACAUGAUAUGUGCAGGGCCAAAUGGGAAGAAAAGUGAUGCUGACACCUGUAAGGGUGAUUCUGGAGGACCAAUGUUGUGUAGAGGAGUUCUAGUUGGGGUCACAUCUUUCGGAGGAUCCAAGACUGAGCCCUGCGGAUCAGUGAAGAGGCCUGGAGUUUACACUUUCCUAUCAGAAGACCAUCUUACCUGGAUCAAGAAGACGAUGAAGACCUCAGAAGCUGAAUAACUUUUCUGAAUGAUACAGUUAGUUUAUGUAACUAUGUUUUGUUGUUCUUUUUGUUUGACCUGCAUUUUGUUGCAAAAACUGGGUAUACAUGCAAAUUACAAAUAAAAAAAAACAAAGACACCA